AUGAGCAUCUACGGAAUGAAAAAUAGUGAACAGCUAAAAGCGAUCAAGUCUGUCACAAUGUCAAAGGAACAGCUGGAGGAACGUAAGAGAAAGCACGAUGAGGUUGACUUAGCUUCCCAAAAAAAGUUGAAGAAGGACAAGAAGAACAAGAAGGACAAGAAAGAGAGGAAGGACAAGAAGGACAAGAAAGAGAAAAAGGACAAACAUGAGAAAAGCCAUGCUGAUAUCAAAACGCAAAAAGCCGAGAAUGAUUCUAGCGUGACUGAGAGCUCAGUGGAAGAAACUCCGGCUCAAGAUAGUGGCUACGUCCAAAGUCAAAAGCUCAACCAAGUUGCGCAAAGUGAAGUGGACGAAUUCUUUAAGGAGAACGAAGUAAGUGUUGAGGAUCCUUCGAACUUAGCUCUGCGCCCUCUCCUCGCGUUUGACCAAAUUUCGCUGUCACCAGAGAUUCAGGAAGAAAUUUCUAAAUUUUCUAAACCAACUCCAAUUCAAGCCGUUGCAUGGCCCUACCUGUUAUCGGGCAAAGAUGUUGUUGGUGUUGCCGAAACUGGUUCUGGUAAGACUUUCGCGUUUGGUGUGCCUGCAAUUCAUAAGUUGAGGACCACAGAUUCCCUAAAGAAGGGUAUCCAGGUACUAGUCAUCUCCCCAACCAGAGAGCUGGCGUCUCAAACGUAUGACAACUUAAUCUUGAUAACUAAGAAAGCUGGUGUUCACUGCUGCUGUGUUUACGGUGGUGUCCCCAAAGACGACCAAAGAGCUCAAUUGAGAAAGGCCCAAGUCGUUGUCGCAACCCCAGGGAGAUUACUUGACUUGAUCGAUGAGGGAUCUGCCAGAUUGUCCAACGUGGACUACCUGGUGCUGGACGAAGCCGAUAGAAUGCUUGAGAAGGGAUUUGAGGAAGAUAUCAAGAGAAUAAUAGGAUCCACGAAGUCAAACGGAAGGCAAACCCUGAUGUUCACUGCAACCUGGCCAAAAGAAGUCCGCGAACUAGCCAGUACUUUUAUGAAAGAUCCCGUAAAGGUUUCUAUUGGUAACAGAGAUGAGCUAUCAGCGAAUAAGCGUAUUACACAGAUUGUGGAGGUAAUCGACCCUUUCAAGAAGGAGCGCAAAUUGCUGGAACUCCUCAAGAAGUAUCAAUCGGGAGCACGCAAAGACGAUAAAGUUUUGAUUUUUGCGCUUUAUAAGAAGGAGGCUGCUCGCGUGGAAAGAAACCUACAGUACAAUGGUUACAAAGUUGCUGCUAUUCACGGUGAUUUGUCGCAACAGCAAAGAACACAAGCAUUAGGCGAAUUCAAGACCGGAGAAUCCAACCUUUUGCUCGCUACUGAUGUCGCAGCUCGUGGUCUCGACAUUCCUAAUGUGAAGACUGUUAUCAAUCUUACUUUCCCAUUGACGGUUGAGGAUUACGUUCACAGAAUCGGCAGAACGGGUAGAGCUGGUCUUACAGGUACUGCUCACACGCUCUUUACCGAGCAGGAAAAACAUCUUGCAGGCGCUUUAGUCAAUGUCCUCAAUGGUGCUGGCCAGCCGGUACCAGAAGACCUCAAGAAGUUUGGUACUCAUACCAAAAAGAAGGAGCAUAGUGCAUACGGUGCGUUUUACAAAGACGUCGACACUACUAAGAAACCAAAGAAAAUCACUUUUGAUUAA